CUACAUUACCCAUAAUGCAGCUGCUUGCGCAUGCGCCAGGUGUCAACGCCAAAGUCACAAUAAGGAAGUAAAAUCUCGUGCUGCCUGUAUUUCUUGUAGUAAUCUUGUUACAAAGAGGGUGGCUGGUUUUGUAAAAGCAUCAACCUAAAGAUUAGGCUGAUCUCGUUUCGAAAGAGUAGCCUUAAUCUGUCUGCUACGUUGGAUAUGUAUUGACGCACCAUCACGAAGAUAUAAUUUAGGGAAAAUAUUAUUGUUUUGAAUGGGUACAUUUUUUUCGACCACUUGUUCUUUUAACCACUUUAUGUCAGGAUCUAGCUGACGAUAUAUAAAGGAACCCCAGCGUUGCUCUGUAGAGUCAAGGCUGUGUUCAGGCAAAAUGAGGAUGGUCACAUUUUUCCUAAUAGGACUGACGGUCCAUGUAGUUUUUUUCCUCUCCAUCUUUGAUAUCUACUUCACAUCUCCUUUGGUUCAUGGCAUGACACCCCAGACCACACCACUGGCACCUCCUGCCUCCAGACUGGUCUUAUUUGUAGCAGAUGGACUACGAGCUGACAGUCUAUUCACCCUGCUACCCAAUGGCUCUUGUCGGACUCCAUUUCUCAGAUCUAUAAUUAUGGAGAGUGGCACCUGGGGCGUCUCUCACACACAUGUGCCUACUGAGUCGCGGCCUGGUCAUGUUGCUCUAAUAGCAGGCUUUUAUGAGGAUGUCAGUGCAGUCGCUAAAGGUUGGAAGGAGAAUCCUGUGGAGUUUGAUUCAGUGUUUAAUGAAAGCAGAAACACCUGGUGCUGGGGGAGCCCAGACAUCCUCCCAAUGUUUGCCAAAGGUGCAACUGGGGACCACGUUUAUACCCACACAUACCCAGCUGAAGACGAGGACUUUGCUUCCAAAGAUGCUUCCAGGCUGGACAGCUGGGUUUUUUCUCAAGUCAAAUCCUUCUUUCAAGCUGCAAAGUCUAAUUCCACCCUGAAAGCCACUCUGCUUGAGGAUAAAAAUAUACUCUUUCUGCAUCUGCUUGGCAUUGACACUAAUGGACAUGCUCAUAGACCGAUGUCACGGGAGUACCUGGACAACAUUGCCUUGGUAGACACUGGUGUAGCUGAGAUUGUGUCCUUGAUGGAGGACUUCUUUGGCCAUGAUGGCAGAACUGCCUAUGUGUUCACCUCCGAUCAUGGCAUGACAAACUGGGGGUCCCACGGUGCAGGCCAUCCUUCAGAAACACUCACACCUUUAGUGGUUUGGGGAGCUGGAGUUAACAAGGCCCAGAGAGUCACUGCAUCCCAGCCCUAUGAAGAUGGGUACUUAAAAGAUUGGAACUUGGAGCAUAUCCGUAGAGCUGAUGUAAAUCAGGCCGAUAUUGCUCCACUAAUGGCUUCUCUCCUUGGUUUGCCCAUUCCAGUUAACUCUGUUGGUGUGAUUCCUCUCCUCUACCUCAACAACAGUGACCAGUUCAAGGCUGAAAGCAUGUACACUAAUGCUAUUCAAGUACUGGAGCAAUUCAAGGUGAAAAUGACCCAGAAAAAAGAGACAACCCUGCCUUUUCUGUUCACACCAUACCAACUUUUGACUGAGUCAAAGCAAGAAGAGUUUACUCACAAGGCCCGGAUACUGAUUCAGUUAGAGAAGUAUAAUGAGGCUAUCUCUUUGUGCCAGUCUCUAAUAGCCCUCUCUUUAGAAGGCCUGGUCUACUACCACACCUAUGACAGGUUCUUCCUGGGUUGCAGUGUGGUGCUGGGAUUUAUAGGCUGGACCUCAUAUGUCAUCUUGGUUAUACUGAGAACUCACGCCAGCCUGAUUCGUCAUCCUAAUCUCGCUAAACAGAAUCCCAGUCAGAAUUUGGCCAGGUUUUGUGUUACACUGGCUCUGGUGAUCACUGUGUUCCUGCUUAUCCAGAGAAGUCCUAUUACGUACUAUAUAUACUGCCUGUUGCCUGUUCCUGUUUGGUACUCGGUUUUAAAGGAGUCAGGAGCCUUGACAGAUCUGAUCCGAUCAGCUCCCUCUCUGCCACUCUGGAAAUGUUUCAGCUAUUUUGUGCUGGUGGCCUUUGGGAUCGAGCUGCUUGUGGUGAGUUUCUUUCAUCGCGCUAUGCUGACUGUAGGCCUGGCUUUCCUUUCCCUCUGGCCGCUCCUUUCUGGACUUUUUGGCAAGGCCAAGCUCCGUUCAGUUAGCUGGGUUCUGGGCUGCCUGUGCUUGGCCGUUUUCCCUCUGUUGCCAGUUGUGGGUAGAGAGCCUAACCUACAGCUGGUGAGCUGUGCCGGCCUACUCAGCCUCUUCACUUCAGCUUGUUACCUCUGGUCAUCAUUGCGUAGGACACCGAUGCCUCCAAGUGACAGACGGCAAUUUCUCAGUCAGAUGAUUCAUGUGGCCGUCUGUUCAUUCGUACCAUCGCUCACGCAUUCCAGCCUGCAGCAGAAACAAGGCCUGCCCCUUCUAAAUCAAAUAAUAAGCUGGGGCACGCUAGCAUCGUCUAUAUUUGUUCCUCUUCUGAGCUCAACUCGCCUCUUCCAUCGACUCCUCAGCAUAUUUUUGUCUCUCACAUCCACAUACCUACUGCUAAGCACUGGGUCAGAGGCCUUGUUUCCUCCUGUGUUAUCUUGGUUAAUGUUUGUGUGGAUCAACAUUGAACAGGAAGCUUUAGUCGCUCAGGGUGUCUCCAGAAGACAAGAGUUAUCUACAAUUGAUUUCUCAGCCAACAUUGACAUUACCAAAAUCCGACAGCUGAAGCUGGAUGACAUCAGAAGAUCGUACUUUUUUGUGUUUUUUAUAAUUACAGCUUUCUUUGGCACCGGAAACAUUGCGUCAAUUAACAGUUUUGACCCAGCCUCAGUUUAUUGUUUCCUCACCGUUUUCAACCCGUUUAUCAUGGGAGGGCUGAUGAUGUGGAAGGUUAUUAUUCCUUUUAUCAUUGUAAUGUGUACAUUUGAGACCAUCCAGGUUGCAACACAGCUCUCCUCAAGAAGUUUGUUCCUCAUUGUCCUGGUUAUAUCUGAUGUCAUGGCACUGCAUUUUUUCUUCCUGGUGCAAGACUAUGGAAGUUGGUUGGACAUCGGCACAAGCAUUAGUCACUACGUGAUAGUGAUGUCGAUGACAAUCUUCCUGAUGCUGCUAAGUGUGGUCACACACAUUUUCACCUCAAAAAGAUUUGCCCUUUGGAACAGAUCUAAGAUGCACUUUCCUUAGACAUGCAUUUAUUUAUCGGUCAAAGGUUGUAGGCUAUGUAUGCCAAAUGUUUUGUAUUUAUUUUGUUUAGACAUCUUUAUUGUAGUUGUUUUUAUGAAAGUGAAAUAGGUGUGGAUUGUUAUUUUAUGAGAGAAUGUAGCUUGAUGAACAUAAGGGGACAGUCCUGUUUAUAUACCAGCCUGAAAUCGAUGUACCCAGUUUCCUUUUCAGGCAUAUUUCUCUUUAAUGGAUCAAUCUGGAUACAGACUUACUGUAAUAUUCAAUUGUUUGGUAAACAUUAGCAAAAAAAAGAGCACAUUUGCUAAAUUUUAAAGAUAAAAUUCAUUGAACUUACUUGGGGAAAUAGAUGUUUUAGCUAGAGAAUAUAUACACAAAUAAAAACAUUGGGAAACAGCA